AUGGAGCGUAUCGUCUUCUGUAAAUGUUUUCUGAAAAAAGUCAUUGAAGUUCGUCAUCCGUUAAAGCAAUUAGCGUUAAAAUGGAUUGACUCCAGUGAGCCUCGUUUGAGCUCCGGCAUAUCAACUCCGAAUCUUGUUGUCCAAUCGGCUGUUGGUCACUACUGUGAACAUGACUCUGCAUAUUCACUGACCGGAUUCAAUGCGCCUCAUGCGCAAUUCGGUUGUGUUCGCGCAAAGUUGAUCAUGUCAAGACCGUUAUACAUUCCCUUGAUACGCUUCUUUUUACCGUCGAUCCUUGCCAUAUUCAUAUCGUGGAGCAGCAUUUAUAUCAAUCGAAAUCAAAUACAAACUCGCUUAACUGUUCUCAUCUUUUCCACAUCUAUCAUUUGCUUCAUUUUCCUAAUCGUACAAAUGCUCACUCAUUUAUCGCAAAAGUAUCGAAUGCUGGCCGACAAAGACACUUUAGUGCGCAAAGAAAGUCGCUAUAGACACGAGAAACGUGCACUACGAAACGCUUUUGUAAAUAUGAACGCCAGCCCGAAAGUGCCAGUGGCGAACGGUCGCAUUUUCGAUAAGAAACAUGAAGUGGUUCGUUUGUUUCGCCUGAAUAUUCUUGUCUUGUCGAUUUUCAUUUCACUGCAACCACGACGAACACUGACUUAUCAUUUGAAUCACCUGAAUAUUUCAUAG